AUGACCUCGACUCAGAUCGCUACAAUUGGCACCCAGGUCAUCGGAUGGAAGCUGGUUCUCAAAAAUGUCGUUUACUGCCAGGGCGGUUGCACGUGGUCGACUGCGUUUGGAAACACGGUAUGGAAUGGCACAGACGGGACGCUGACGUUUGCUAGUGACACGCUGACUGGGUUCAACGUUAACGUCAGUAGCGUCGACCCAAGCGUCAACAGCGUGUCAAAGUGGGAAUGCCUGAGCACAACCUACUUUAGCACCGAUGGCAUUUUACUUCUGAAGUCAACGCAAGUGUUCAAGCAUACCAAUGGUCUGCAUAUGGCCUACCUGUGUCUGACCUUGAAGGAUGUGUCUUCCCCGGAUGCGUAUUACUUCUAUCGGACCCACGCCCAAACACCGUCACUGAACAAUGAGCGCAUCAAGAUCAGCCAGACGGGCAGCUUCACCACCCAGGGACAGAUCUGCGGGGACGUCCCGCCAGUGCACGAGUUUCACUACAUGGUCAAGCAAGGUAAAGAACUAACGUCAAGGCAAUUUUGUCCACCGUCACUUCUCGCAAAAAUGGACUACAACGUGACGUCAGCUGGUGGCGCCAACAGUUGCACGUCAUCAGUUGACGAUUGGGACGUCUGCACUAACAAAACUGAGAUGGUCUUCAACUACACGACGUGUGCGACACAGAUGCUGUAUUCAAGUGCCGGGAAGGUCUAUUGUAUGUUCAACAUGACGGCAACAAAUGACUACGCUAUCGUCUACGUAGAGGACAACCAGUUUAUCUGCGUGGUGUCAAACACGGCGGGGACUGCAGCCAGUUUCGUCGGCGGCCAUUGCGGUCAGACGGACCACACUCCCACCUCCUUUGCCAAGCAGGGCGGCGUUGACGUCGGGUUCACGGUUACUAUGACCGCUAAAGACGCGGUCAGUGCAGGCAUCGGAUCGUGUCCCGUCAACUCGAUAAACGGAGCCUUUGUCAUAGAGAAAUCCACUCCUCCAGACGCAGUCAGUGCAGGCAUCGGAUCAAGGCCGGUCAGCUCGAUAAACGGAACCUUGAACAAAGAUGCCUUGCCCGAGAUGAGCGUUGAAGAGUAA